CCUUUGCUCUCAGCUUUGCGGCUCGUGAUUUUUCCUUAUUUCUUAUUGGUCAGAGCUCCAGACUCCCAAAUUCUCAGAUUUCUACUGUGUGUAAACUCCUCUGCUGCUCCUGCUGAGUCUCCAGAGCAGAAAACAGAAAGAUCUCCAGGAGGCUGAAGACGUGGACUGGUUAUUUUGUCCGGAUUAAGGAGUUUAUUUCACUCUCUUCUGGAUCCAGUCCGCAGUGAGAGACAGGACACAUCAUGAAGUCCCUGCUGCUCCUUAUCUUCACUCUUCAUCUUGCUUCAGCAGCCAAUCACUCUCUGCAAUUCUUCCUCACUGGCGUCACACCAGGAAUCAACUUCCCAGAGUUCACUGCUGUCAGUCAGUUGGAUGGACUUCAAAUCGGGUAUUAUGACAGUGACAGCAAAGAACUCCAAAAAGUAGACUGGAUAAAGAACACUGUGAAUGAAGAGCCGUGGAACUCGAGCAUAAAGGAUGCACGUCGUUAUCAGGAGGCCUUCAAUCUCAGUAUAGCUACAGUAAUGCGGCGCUUCAAUCACAUUGAAGGCAUUCAUACAUGGCAGUGGACGAUCGGCUGUAAACUGCAUGGUGAUGGAAUCAAGAGUGGAUACAGCCGGUACGGUUACGAUGGAGAAGAUUUCCUCACUCUGGAUCUGAACACCUCCACCUGGUCUGCAGCCAAUGAUAAAGCUGUUAUUAUAAAACAGGAGUGGGAGAAGACGGAUAAAGCCAAAGGCCAUAAGACCUUUCUGGAGACUGAAUGUAUCCAGUGGUUACAGAAGUAUGUGGGUUAUGGCAGAGAAACUCUGGAGAGGAAAGUCUCUCCUGAGGUGUCUCUGUUCCAGAAGGACUCUUCUUCUCCAGUGGUGUGUCAUGCUACAGGUUUCUUCCCCAAAGCAGUGAUGAUCUCCUGGCAGAAGAAUGGAGAGGAUCUGCAUGAGGAUGUGGAGCUCAGAGAGACGCUACCCAACCAGGAUGGAACCUUCCAGAAGAGGAGCGUUCUGACUGUCUCACCUGAGGAGCUGAACAAACACGACUACACCUGCAUCAUUCAGCACAGCAGCCUAGAGAAGGAGAUGGUGCUACCAGUGAUUAAUCACAGCGGAGACUUUACUGGUAUCAUCGUUGGUGCAGCAGUGCUUGUUCUCCUCAUUGUCAUCGGUGUUGGAGUUUUGGUGUGGGUGAAGAAGAAGCCGCCGUCUGCUUAUCAGGCUCCAGCAGAUUCGAAACCCUCCAGUGUGUGACAGAGAUGGCAAAGGAGAUGAAUGAUUCUGAAUCGACUGAGUGAAGAGAUCAGUCAAACACUGCUUAUACUACACAAUCAUCUUUAUUAAUUAACUUUUAAUGUGGAAGCUAUUUCACUUUUUGCCUGUAUUUUGCUGUUUUUCAGAUUUUGCUUGAUUCUGCUUUCAGUACGAUGGUCAUUGGGAAAGUGUCAUAGAAGCAGCUUCAGACUUUUAUUCUGUAGGAUCUCAAAACUACAUCACAUUUUGAUAUUCGUUGGAUUAAAUGUGUUGCAUUUAUUUGUCUAUUCCUAAACUUGCUUUCUGAAACUGACCACUGCACUGUAAUAUAUGCAGUUUCAGACUGGACAUCCUUUAGUUUAAACUCUCUCGGCAUUUUUACAAAGUGACAAUUUAUGGAAUUCAUUUUCUUUUGAGGUCAUUGAUUUUCAUGGAACUGAAUCCCUGCAGUGAUUAAUAUUCGUUACUGAUACUCCAGUUUUACAUAAACGUUUAAGGUUAUUUAAACUAAGAGCCAGAUACAGUCAUAAAAUUGCUCUAUAAGAAAUAGAGAUGCAUCGAUACUGAUACUAGUAUCAGGUAUUGACCUGAUACUGCACUUAUUCACUCGACUCAUGAUCAUAAAAUAUACUGACCUCACCGUCUGAUACCACCUGAUACCGUGUGAAGUGAGUAUUACUGACUGGCAGUCAGACACAAAGUUGUUGGUCAUUUUAAACAUUCUGUCUUGUUACUGUCUUGUUACACACACAAGUCUGUAUAUUAGGAAUUUACUCUGUCUGACUGAAUCAAUUCAUGAGCUAUAAAUGUUUUUAAAACUGUCUUUGUGAAACAGGCUGUAGAGAGACCGUAUUGUCCCACUGUGCAAAUCACUGCCUGGUUUUGAUUUCAGUGCAGUGUGGUACAAGUUAGCAAAGCUGCUGUAGCUCAGUUUCUCAGCGUGUUUUCGUAUUGAAAAUAAAAAUAAAAACAGACAGACAUUAUUCAAACCCACUAAUUUCACAUUUAUCUAGAGAUAGACUUCAGUGGUAGAACUACUUUCUGCUUCACCCUCACUUUCAGAUUAAACCUUUACAUUUCAGUGGCUGAGAGAACAUCUUAACACAGAAACAGAGGCUGUUCUGCACUGUUCAUUUAUGAGGGAAAAAACCCAAAACGCUGUAAAUUUGCAGUAGAACAUGGGAGAUUUAAACAGCUCAGUCACAUCAGUUCCAUUUGACCACUGCAGCUACUGUAUCAUAAACUUCCUUUACACUAACAGCUCCAGCACAUAUUCAUAACACACCUUUACGUCUGAAACACUGGGUCACACUGUCUGUUCUGUUCUUACUGUUCUUCUUUUUCUGUUUUCAAGUCACUUCUUAAUAUGACUCUCUUAGACAUCUCAUUCCAAAAACCCCUAGACGUUAAUAUGGAAUUGCUCCCCUUUGCAGCUUUAACAGCCUCCACUCUUCUAAGAAGACUUUCUACACGUUUUUGGAGUCUGUGAAUCAAAUAACACUGAAUCAUUCGCUUUAGAGUGAAGCAAAUUCUAAAUUCAUCAAAUUAGGACAAAACUAUUUUAAGCUCAUUUAAACAAGAUUUACAUGAAGAAAGCUGCCAUCCAGUAACAGAGUGAGGCUAAAUCAGGUCUUUUCCUGUGUCUUAUCUGUUUGAUUUCUAAAUGUAUUCAGAAUGUGUUUAUUGUUUAUGGACUGUAAUAGAAUACAUUUAGUACAGUGUGUUCAGUAUUCACCCAUCACUACUUUAGUAUUCCCCGUGACCCAGAAUGCAUGUGUAUGUGUGUGUGUGUACUCUAGUAGUCUAUUCAGUAUUUAGUACUUAAGCAUUCUGCUCAAAAUUGUUGUGAUCUUAAAUAUAUUUAUAUCAGAUCAUCAUAAAAAAUUGUUCUUUGUACAGCAAAUUGUGUUAGUUACACUGUGCAGAACACGCGAAUUUUAAAUAAAGUCUUAAAUGCUUUUUAUA